GAUCUUGUAAAUCACCUUGAUUAUCAACGCGGUAUAGUAAACGAACAUUUAAAUGUGUACAACAAUUCCACCACAAGACUUAAUUACACUCUUUUCCUCCUGGACAAAUUUUUCCCAAUGCAUUAUUUACCGACAGAGCAACGUAGAAUCUUUUGGGAUCAUGAUGGUGUUCAUCCUACGGAGGACGGUUAUAGUUUAAUAGGUGAUAUG